CAUCAUAAACUAAAGUGAAAACGCAAAAUGAAGUCAGCAGUUUCAUCGUCACUCUUCUUCCAUUCGAAGAAUCUUUUAAAACCUAAUCCUCUUUCUCGUCUCGAAUCCGUUUGUCUCCCUAAACCAUCACGAAGAUCGAUCGUGAAACUCCCAUCGUCGUCAACAUCAGGUUUAAGAUCCAUCUCCUCCUCCUCCUCCUCCUCCUCCAUGGCAUCCUCUUUCAAACCUGAACAAGCCAGAGUUCCCUCUGCUCUUCCCCUCCCAGCUCCUCCGUUGACCAAAUUCAACAUCGGAUUGUGUCAGCUAUCUGUGACGGCUGACAAAUCAAGAAACAUCUCUCACGCCAAAAACGCUAUUGAAGAAGCUGCUUCCAAGGGAGCUAAGCUUGUUCUCUUGCCCGAGAUUUGGAACAGUCCGUAUUCAAAUGAUAGUUUCCCGGUUUACGCGGAAGAGAUUGAUGCAGGUGGUGAUGCUUCUCCUUCAACCGCAAUGCUUUCCGAAGUUUCUAAACGUCUCAAGAUCACUAUCAUUGGUGGCUCUAUCCCCGAAAGAGUCGGGGAUCGUUUGUAUAACACUUGCUGUGUCUUUGGUUCUGAUGGUGAGCUCAAAGCUAAGCAUCGAAAGAUACAUUUAUUUGAUAUAGACAUUCCCGGGAAGAUCACUUUCAUGGAAUCAAAGACUCUCACUGCCGGAGAGACACCAACAAUCGUUGACACAGAUGUGGGGCGUAUUGGAAUAGGCAUCUGCUAUGACAUCCGAUUCCAGGAGCUAGCUAUGAUAUAUGCUGCAAGAGGGGCUCAUUUGCUGUGCUAUCCAGGAGCAUUUAACAUGACAACUGGACCUCUCCAUUGGGAACUACUACAAAGAGCAAGGGCUACGGAUAAUCAGGUACUUUCUUCUGCUCUCUCUGGGAGUUUUAAAUUAUUGGAGCAUUUGAUAGAACUACAUAUGCUGUGUAUCCAGUUAUAUGUGGCGACAUGCUCACCUGCCAGAGAUUCAGGAGCUGGCUACACUGCUUGGGGACACUCUACACUCAUUGGGCCUUUUGGAGAAGUUCUAGCGACGACUGAGCAUGAGGAAGCAAUCAUCAUAGCAGAGAUUGAUCACUCUAUUCUUGAACAACGAAGGACAAGUCUUCCACUGAAUAAACAGCGGAGGGGAGAUCUUUACCAGCUCGUAGACGUGCAGCGCCUGAACUCUAAAUGAAUGCAGCAGAGAGUGUGUGUACGUACAUCUUGAGAUGUUGUCUUUAGAUUGUGAGUUUCUUGGUUACGUGCAACUUCUUAGAGGUUAUUUCUCUGCAACUUUGUAGAGAUGAAAUAAAUAAAAACUUGAUGCUUGUGUUUAAAUUAAUCGAAAUAAAUGACUUGUUCUCAAAGUUAUUAUCAUCUCCACCCCACUUGUCAUGUCGACUAUUGAUCUAAGCUUAUGUUGACUGUUCAUAAACUUUAAAUGCAUAUUGUGACCACCAUAUCGUCGUAUAUGAUAAUUCAUUCAUUCCUACCGAAUUGCAUAAAAAAAGAGACAUGAAAACGAUAUUACAUAAGACUUUGUCAGACUGUACAUACUUUGAAUUUUAGAUGAUCCGUGAACUGAUGGUUGAAUGAUAAAAUGACGGGACGAUAGAAUGUAGUUAUAGCGAGGGAGCUUAUAGAACAUUCACAGUGUGGUUUCGUCUUUGGAGGAGACACGGCCCAAACCUAUAGAGUAGAGUGGUCCAUUCCUCUAUAACCCGUCCGUGAAAGAACAAAUGCCGUACGCAUGGGGUGAGGAGGCCCACACGUGCGAGGGGUCCCAUAUGGGGAGAACAACAACAAUGGUUCACGUGGCAGGUCACGUGUGGGAGCCCCACACAGACACCAGUUCAGAGAGGUUCACCGCGUGAAUGAAUGAAUGAAUCUUUCUUUUUCUUUUUUGUGUCAGUUCUUAUUGUCUCUCCCUGAGCAACUCAUUCUCUGACUCCCCCGUGCCAUUAUCUUUCCUUUUAAUAGUAUGUUUCUCACACUGUGUGUCUCACACAUCCCUAAAACUUAACAGUUGUAUCCAUUAGCUGACAAAAAAAAAACAGUUGUAUCCAUCCUAACUAAGAUUCAUUUCCAUUGAAAAUUAGAUUGCAAGGUUACUUUUAUUUUGCAAAUUGAGCAUUCAUACUUUUUCAACAGCAUUCACCUACCAUAUUUUAAUGUGGAUAAUGCCACAACAAUGACAUUGAUACAUUUAUCAAUUAUCUAUGUCACUGUAGUAAACUAUAUAACAUUGUCUAGCAAACUUGAUCAUAUAAAAUGAAAAGAACAUAGACCGAAGUGUGACAAAAAUAUAGGAUGGAAACAAGAAGACAUACAAGUGUUUUUAACAACAAAAGAAAGACACAAGUGUUGAUGAAACGAGGAACAGCCAAGGAACAAGAAAGGAAGGAAGCAUGUGAGAGAACUGAAAAAGACGCAAAACAGGUACAGUUCCUUAACCUGUCCUUGUCUAGACAACUCCAACCAAUGAGCAAUGUGGGUGUAGUAGAGAGUCCUAUGCUUAAAGUUAAACACGCACAUGAUCGUUUAAUUAAAUCAUUAAGAGCUUGCUAAAUGAACACCGCACUAGCGUGGUCCAUCUGGUUAAGUAUACGUGAAGAACACGCGCCGAGAUCGCCAGUUAUAUAUAAGUCCUCUCCGUGUUCUCUCUCAUUCGUCGUCUUCCUCUAUAACAUCCGACAAAGAAGAAGAAAAACACCAAAACAGUUAAGACGUUAUCUCUUUCUUCUUUUGUCUUCUCCUUCAGAACAAAUCAUGCAUAGAUCCGAAGCACAGUCCAGAAACCCGUCAUUCUCCUCCACUCUCCUCGAUGAAAUCUACAAUUCCAUCGAUCCCAAAACCAAAAAGACUCAACCUUUUGUCGGCUCUGUUAAGAAACAGAGCAUCAGCGUAACCAGAUCAGUUCCUGACCGGAAACUCCACCAAGAUCGGUUCUUUGGCUCUGCAUCCUCUUCCUCUGAUUCCAACUCAAGUAUUUUCUCAUCUUCCGAUACCGAACCAAGUCAUGGUACUAAGAAGAUAACUUCUUCAAGGCCGUUAUGUUUCGGCCCAUCGAAGACAAAACAGAGUAAAACAGAGGACAAAGCUCUGUUUCACCAAAACAGAGCAACCCGAGUGUUUCACGACUACGAUUACGCCUCAAGUAAUCAAAAGAAGCUCAAAACUCCAUCUUCACCUGGAGUACGAAUCGUUAACUUCAUCAAUGCCUUGUUCAGCAAACAAUCAACGGCGGUUAAGAGAUAUCCGAGGAAUACGAGCUACGAAGAGACUGCAUUCUCUAGAAAACCAACUGAUUAUUACUAUCCAUCUACGACGUGUUCUUCAGCUUCUUCCUUCUCCAGGUCUUGUUUGAACAAACGCUCCGAGAAAUCAUCCGACAGUACCAAGCCAAGCGUUAGAUUCUCUCCGGUCAAUGUGAUCGUCCCUGAGAUUGAAGAAGAAGACUAUCUCAGCAGCGGCUAUGUUAGAAAGUCGGUGAAGAAGAAUGUGGAAGAUGGAGUGAGGAGAUCAGUGGAGGAGAUUGCGAGAGAGUUUUUGAGAGAUUACCACAAGAAACAUGAAAACAGUUUGGUCAAGAAUAAUAAUGAUCUCGAGGAUUAUGAAGAUGAAGAUGAUGAUGUUGGAAGUGAUUCGAGCUCGGAUUUGUUUGAGCUGGAUUUAGUUGGAACUCAUCAUCAUAAUCUGUACCAAGAUGAACUUCCUGUGUAUGAAACCACUUUUGCUGGUUUGAUAUUGUGAAGCUUUUGUUACUUUUUCUUUAGGUUUUUCGGUUUUAUUUUAAAGUUUUUGUAUCAUGGUGAUUGUUUCUCCACAUCUGUGUUUGGUUUUUGUAACUAUAUGUUGUGUUAUAAAUUUUGUGCUUGUGAAACUA